AUGGCCUCGCGGUGUAAUCACGCUAUUCAGCGAGUUUUAGCAAAAUUAGAAGCAUCCAUAAAUUCGGAAAAUUAUUAUGAAGCUCAUCAAAUGUAUAGAACUUUAUACUUCAGAUAUCUUGGGCAGAAAAAGUAUUCGGAACUUUUGGAAUUACUAUACAAUGGUUCUACUCUUUUAUUACAACACGAGCAACAUGCAAGUGGAGCUGACUUAGGAAUCUUAUUUGUAAAUGUUUUAACACAAUCAGGAACAGAACCUUCUCAAGAUUAUUUCGAAAAAAUUACAAACUUGUUCAGUAUAAUGAGUCCUUUAUCACCUGAAAGAGAUGUAUUUGUACAAUCUGCUCUUCGAUGGAGUAUAAAAGGUACAGAAUAUAAAACAGGUCAUCCAGAUUUGCAUCAGAAAAUAGCGCAAGUAUUUUGGAGAGGUAAAUUGAUUAAGAUAACAAACAUCUUUAAAUAUACAUUCAUUAGAGAUGGCUCUGGAUGUGCUGCGAUGCUUGUCGAGCUCCAUGAGCAACGUGGUUACAAAAAUGAAAUAGAUCUUUUUAUAGCUCAGGCAGUUUUGCAAUACCUUUGUUUACAAAAUAAAACUACUGCACAGGAAGUUUUCAAUUCUUAUACAUCACAGCAUCCAAAAAUAAACAGUGGUCCACCAUAUCUUCUUCCUUUACUGAAUUUUUUAUUUUUUUUAUUAAAAACAGUUGACAGUGGUAAACUCGCUGUGUUCACAGUACUUUGUGAACAAUAUCGAAUAUCUUUAAACAGAGAUCCAUGUUAUCGACAGUACUUAGAUAAAAUAGGGCAAUUAUUUUUUAACGUUCCAUCCCCACGUCCUCGCAAUCAAGGAUUGUUUGGUACACUUUUACAAUCAUUUUUUAACGGUCUUGAAGAUGAAGGUUCAGAUGAUGAACAAAGAAACACAGCUUCAACUUCACAAACAGCACAAGAGCUUGACUGA